AUAUUCUCGGUUCAAUUUCAAUCAUUUUCGAAAAUUACUUUUUGAAACAUGCGGUUUUUGUCAGCAUUCGUUCUGGCUCUCCAAAUCAAGUAUCUCACCGCCGGAAAUUAUACAUUCGAGCCGGAUGUACUGCUCUCUAAACCAGCGCCAUUCUUCUCGUUCAAAUACAUUGAUCGUAUCUCUACAAUUAAUAAUAUUGCUAAAGGAAUCAAUCUUCAAACUGAUUUGAUGAAUGGAAAGAUUCCAAUUGAUAAAGUUAUUGGUGAGCUUCUGGACGUUAAAUCUUCCAAUAUUAUCAACUUUGGAUCUGGCAAAAUUAUUGAGUUGACUGAUCAAUUGAAGGAUAUUUCAAUGGAAAGUAGCAAAGAAUUAAUUGGAUUAGGAUCUGAUGCAUUCAAAUAUGACACAUUCAUUCAUAACUUGACAUCCGUUAGAGAUAGUUUUAAAUUUCCUGGAAAAGAUGAAUACUACGCAGAAGUGGAGAGUGUCAUGAAAUUUAACAUGUCGAAGCUUGAAGAUGUCAUGAACGAGUUCCAAGGUAUACACCUCGAUUUAACUCAGAUUUCAAAGCUGAACCCGCAGGAACUUACUUACGAAACCCGUACCGCCUUUAUAGACUUUUGCAAAAGAGUGGAAGGAAAUUCAAAAACUAGCCUGUUAAAUCUAUUGAAAGAUGUAGACAAAAUGUCUGAGCCUUUGGAACAAUUGCAAAAAUUACCUUCUGUGUUCGAGCCUUUCAAGGAAGUGUCAAAGUUUAUGAGACUCCGGAAAACGCUUCCACAUCAGUAUUCUGAAGAUGAUCAAUUUUUGAUGAACAAAAAUCUGAAACAAGUGAUGAAUAUGGCAAAGGGUCUUAAAUCAUCCCGGGAAGAUAUUCAGAGAUUACAAACCCUGAGAAGUAAUACCAAAGAACUGGAGAUGGUUGAUUUGAGAAAUCUAGGAGAUCCAUGGUUGGGUAAAAUAUUCAAAGUGAAAAGAGCAUCACUUGAUAACUUGGCAAGCAGCUUCAAGCCAUUGCCACUAUCAUUGGAAAUUCUUAAUAAUUUCAAUAAAGAGUUGACAGUUGUUGCUGGGAGUUCUCAAAUUUAUGAUGGAUUUGAACAGUUGAAUGCAUUGCUCUCAUCGGUACCAGUGGAUAUUGAACAUGUUACAGGGUUAAUGAACAAAUUCCACAAGUGCAAUCGCUUACCAAUCGAUGAAACGUUUGAAAGCAAAGUUAAUGAAUACUUGACUAUUGUGAGUGAGGUUCAGAAACUUUUCGGUCGUUUGAGAUAUCGUUUAUUCGUGAGGAGUUACAAACAAUUGCAAAAGAAAAUAGCGAUUGCGAUUCCUAAUAUUGUAAAAUUAGAUCAACAUUUGACCAAAUUGCGCGAUGAUGGAACAUUGAAAGAAAUAGGAAAGCUUGUUUCGUAUCACUAUAACUAUUUACAUCAACGUCAUCCUUUUGACAAAUAUUCAAAGCUAUUUCAAAAAUUGAUUGACGGGAGAAAAGAGUUUACUGACAAAGUUGACAACGAAUUAUCAGUAAUCAAAUGUUUUCAACAGUUGGAACAGGACUCUGAGGACCUUCAAAAAGUGAUUCAAGUGAUUCAAAAAAUGAGGAAUCUGGAUAACGCCUCCGUUGAGAACAUUAAAGGGAUACCUUCAGUUGUUUCAGAGUUGUUGCAGAAUAUUUCAAAAGUUAAAGAAGUUUCUGAUAAAAUGAAGGAAAAUUCAAACAACAAGACACUUGUGAUGAAUGCUCUGGCGUUUAAGGAAUCAGCUUCAAUUAAAAGUAUCAUUUCUUCUGUACAAAAUGUUUAUGGUCUGCUAGACUUGGAAGCCCCGAUCAAUCAGCUGAAAAAUGUUAACUCUAUUGUUCUCGAGGAGAUUGACAAAGCUCAAGAUCCAGCAAAGCUCCAGUCUCAAUGGGGAGAUCACAAGGCUGAUAUGGCAUCUCUCCAAGCUACCAUGACAUCAGCUAAAGCUUUUGUAGCCGAGCUCGAAGGCCGCAGAGCUAAAACAUUGCUGGAAUACGCGGAUCCAUUGAAGAAUCUGUCAAAGAUUCCUGAUGUCAAAAUGAAUGCAAGUGAGAAAUCCAAAGUGAUUGAGGAGUUUAUUAAACAGAAUAGUGAUAGUGAUUUGAUAGCUGCAAAGGAGACACUCGACAAGAUUGCUACCAUGGAUCUUCAAUUCUCGAGUGUUCAGUAUCCAGAAGCUUCUUUCAAGACUCUUCAGGACGUGUUGCUCACUUUUUGGAGCCAAACUGCAGUUUAAAAUUGUGUAAGAUUUCACUAUCAGUCGUCGGCAUCUUGCAAGCUAUUAAACUUUUUUUCCCAUAUCAAUAAAUGGUCUAUGUGAAAUUACACUCUGCUGAACUUUUUUUAAUUGCAAAUAAAUGCCUUU